AUGACUUUACUUUUGCUUUACAGGAAAGAGCGCCUCCGAAACGACUACGAGAAGGAAGUAGGGCAGAAUCCCACACAGAAGGAACUGGACAAUUUUAAGGAAAAAAAUACUAACCGUGCUUCGCCGCCUCGAGGCUAUGUUGAAGCUUUACUCGAGAGACUCAGCGAAACAAUAGAUACAAGCAACAUGAAAGCACUUGGUUUGUCCAACCGUCUCAGGAGAAUUAAAGAUCCCAGCACCAUGCAAAUAUGGAAGGAGUUGUUUCUCCUUUGCAGAAUUCUGGUUCUGGAACGGACAAGAGACAUAGAUGAAAACUGCCGUGUUGUUACUACUACUCUGCGACAGAUUGUCCGAGGAGAGCACAGCAUAACCGAUAUAGAACAGCAAUUACUUUCUGAACAAAAGGUCAACCAUCAAGUAUUUGAGACUUUCUGUGAUAUUAUCCGUGAUGCUACGGACAUGAUUAUUUCAGGAAAAGUGUUUUCCCUUGUGGAUAAUCCAGAUGCUGGAUGUCUCGAUCUUGCGAAAGUUUUCACUCAGGUGCGAAAUGAGUCUGAGCUUUUUGCACAGAUCAGAAAGGAGAUUAAUUCGAAAAAAGAAGUGUCUUUGAAGAUUGCUGGUGCGACGAGUAACCAUGCAAUUCGCAAAGCUUCGUUGAAGGAAGCAUAUACAUCUGUCACAAACAUUUGGAUGGGUGACAUUUACAACCGGAGUUUGCGUAAUUUUACCCGAAUUCUCCUUCGGAUUCACCUUGCACCAGCCAGGAUGGUACGGACGGUAUCAAGACGUCCGACAGAGGAAAACUGGCAGACAGAAAAGGAGCAGCAGGGUCUAGAUCGACGGUUCAGAAAUCCAAAACACCAGAUAUCGCGCCUCAUGAAUGAACUCGGAAUAGCUAUCAUUAACAAUCGGCUGGCAGACGUAUUGGGUAAAGGCGAGCAGCGUGAAGAGGGCACAUUGUCUUCAUUAGAUUCAGAUUCCGAGGACGCGAAUGACGAAGAGGAAAAAGAGGAUCAAAAUCAGGAAUCAUCAGCAAAAACCAUCCGGGAAACAUUCAGCGCUGCGUUCAAAGGAACAACGUUUACGAAGAAAGAAAAGAUGAUAGCGACAAAUAUUAUUAAUUUCCUUCGGCCGUUCAUUCAACAACGCACGGAUGACAAUCAACUCCCAGAACCUCACAUCCUGAUGCGUGCGCCGCUAGCCGCACUAGCCAACGCUAUUGCGACUAUUACUGGCUUCCCAUCUCUCGUUCGGAGUUUGUCCAUCACCUCACAACAAGAUCCUCGUUCACUACAGCUGACUGCUGCCGGCGUAUACGACACGUUUCGUGGACAAUGGGAUAUCCCUACAGAUAAUGGAAAUUGGAUCACUAAUUCUUACAAAGCAGGAAAAAACAAACCAGCCACCUUUGGAGCAUUUCUCGAUAUAAAUCGGAUAGAAUCGUUCAUGGACUCUUAUGGACUUCGUAGAGACGCCGAGUUUGAACCGUUUAAACGUGGAAGCACAGGCCGAAGUCCUUGCAUCACAAGUCAAAGACUUGACAUAAUUGGAGUUGAAUCGGAUGGACAUUGGCCGGAAGUUCAGGAGUUAGAGAAGGCGCUUGCAAGGACUAGAAGCUCGCUGUACUCCCUAAAUAAGGCCCUGCGAGCAACGAAUUCUACAAGGACUACCAUAAUUUCUGGAAAUGCAAAUCUGCCAUAUGAGGCUAAGAAAGAUUCUUUGAAUGGGAUUAGGAAUGAGUAUUACAUGGAAAAGCAGAAAGUUGUUUUUUCGGGGACAGACCCGGGCACCGUUACAACGUCUAUCACCGAUAGCGCUGAAGAGACCUCAGAAGCAACCCCUCAGAUUUUCGAUGUCGACUUUCUUCCAAGAUCUUACAAGAUCACUGCCGAGCUCAUUAACAAAGAGAACCAACAGAAGAAACGAGCAAAGGAAAACUGGGCUCGAGAGAUUCGAACUAAAAGGGUAUAUGGCAAAAUCGCUGCGAAAGAAAGGCGACAUAUUCGUGCCCAUGCUCAACUCCCUCCAGAUCUGCCAAAACCAGCACUGAUCCACUGCGUUGGACACUGGCAAGGGAUCAACAGCUACAUCAAAGAGCAUUCUCGACGAGAAAUGAAACAGAUUCGAGUAUAA